AUGAGCCGGCAAGACUCCCCGCUGGCCUUUGACGACGGUGCCAGCUCGUGGUAUUUGGAGCAGACGCCGGCCGGGUCCAAGGACCUCUGUGAUAGGUGCGAGGAGGUGCUCAGCCUCGCUGCGUCCAACGCCACCUCCAAAGCUUCCGUCCACCACCGCUGCGCCGGGAGCUUCUUCAAAGCCGCCGACGGGAGGUGUCUGAUCUGCAGCUACCUCUGCGGGAAAAUCCCAUGGAAGGCCGACUUCUUCCCAGAUGAGAUACUCGAGGCCAUCGUCCCCGGCGCGCCCUUCUCGACCUAUUCGGUACAUCGGACUCGACUGGAGCUCCGCCUGGAAUGGGUAGGCGAAUCAUACGACCCGGGCAAAGGCCUGAUAUGGUCACUGCCCUACCCGCUGAACCGGAAUGCUCCCCCGUCCUUUGUCUCGGACCGGCCGACAUACAACCUGGAUUUCCGAGCUUCCGACUGCAAACGCUCGAGUAUUGAGCGCCAGUCAAUACCCUCGGCCAUCGGGCUCGCGGAAAGGAUGCCGCAGAUCAAGUCAUGGCUCGACGAGUGCGAUGGCCAGCACUCGACAUGUCGUUCUCUCAAGCGCGCUUCGGGCUACAUUCCUACGCGGUUGCUGGACCUGGGCUCGCCCCGUGACCCCUACGUCCGCCUGGUACAGUCCCACGAGUGCCCUGCUCCUUGCCGCUAUGUCACCCUGAGCCACUGCUGGGGUGCCACCAGAAUGGAUGGACCGUCGCGGCUACUGCAAGCAAACUACGCCACCAUGCGUGCCGGCAUCGCCAAUCUCCCAAGAACAUUCCUGGAAGCCGUCCAAGUCGCACGGCACUUGCAAGUGCGCUACCUGUGGGUCGACAGCCUCUGCAUCAUCCAGGACUCGCCGCACGACUGGGAGGCCGAAGUAUCGCGGAUGGGCCAGAUAUACAGCAACUCGCACUGCAACAUCGCGGCCGCCGGGGCUCGCAACAGCGCCGGCGGGCUGUACCUCGAGCAGAACCCCCGUCUCCAGCCGCCGUGGAGGCUGUAUCUGCGGGACGCCCACUCGCAGGCGGCGAAGCUGAUGGAGCUUUCGGCAUCCGCUCCCAUCGGAGACGAGUUCGCCGCGGCCGCGCUGGCCUCGCGCGCCUGGGCCCUGCAGGAGCGGCUCCUUGCGCCGCGAACCCUGCACUUCGCCCGCCAGCGCAUCUACUGGGACUGCGGCCACAGCUUCACCUGGGAAGGCUCCGCCGAGCCACGCACCGCCUCUCAGCUCUCCACCUCCUCCUACCGCCCGUCCUGGGUGACGCCGCUCACGGACGCGAAGCUGUCACUCGCUUCGCUCCUCUACCAGAGCCGCCAGCACGCCGCCCUCGCCGUGCUGCCGCCGCCGCCGCCGCCGCCAUGUCGCCAUGAAGACAAGACCUCGCCCGCCAGCGCGAACGUCGACGUGGACGAAGUCGCCAUGAUCCACGCGCAGUGGACCGCCAUCAUCGCGCACUACACGACGCUCUCGCUGGCCAAACAGAGAGACAAGCUGCCCGCCCUGUCCGGGUUAGCGAACCUCUUCCAGUCCUUGCUUAACGACGCCUCCUCUUCCUCUUCCUCUUCCCUUCCCUCUCCAUCCUCCUCCCCCUCCUCAGCCCCUUCCGCCUCACUCUCACCUCUCUCUUCCUCGCCUUCCCGCCCCUCCAUCACUCCACCAUCACCGCCGUCCACCUCCUCCUCCUCCUCUUCUUCUUCUUCCUCCUACCUCGCCGGCAUCUUCUUCACCACCCCUCCAUCGACUCCGUCCACAACAACCCCAACCCCCCUAUCAACCCACCGCCAACUCCUCUGGCGCCGCGCCCGCUCCGCCCCAACCAACCCCCUCCGCGACACCGACGCCACCGUCGCACCGACCUGGUCGUGGGCGAGCCUGGAAAACACGCCCAUCGUCUACCCCGGCAGCAGCAGCAGCAGCACCAGCACCAGCACCGGCAGCACCGGUGUCGGCGUCGGCGCAGCAUGGCCGCCCAACGGCGAAACCAGCGUCGACUACCGCGCCACCAUCGCCAUCGAGGGUGGUGGUGGUGGUGGUGGUGCCAACACGACUCCUCCUCCUCUUCCUCCUGCUACUACUACUUCCAUCCUCCCCAACACGACCGCCGCCGCCGCCGCCGCCGCCGUCCGACCACCAGCGCCAGCAGCAGUAGUGCCGUCAAAAAGAAAAGCAGCAGCAGCACCGCCGGCGCCGGCGCCGAUCCUCCACGUCCGCGGCAAGCUCGACCGCUCCUUCUGGCGCCACACGCUCGGCCGCGAACAGCCGCUCGGCGGCCGGCGCAGCUCCAGCGCGAGCAGCUCGUCGAGCGGCGGCCGCCGCCGGCGCGAUUUCGUCUACGUCGAGGAAUGCGGCGGCGGUAACGGCAACGGCAACGGCAAGAAGCGGCGGCGGACGGAGCUGCGGGUGGAGAUGGAUGCGGAUGAGUGCGGUGGUGGUGGCGGUGCGGAGGGCGGCGAUGGGUAUGGGGUGGAUAGCGAUGAUGAUGAUGAUGGGGGUGAUUCCGGGUUGGCGUUUUUGGCAGUGGUGGCGUAUAGGGUGGAGAGGAGGGAUGCUAGGGUGGUGGAGGGCUUGGUGUUGGAGAGGGCGUGGGCGUCGCGGGUGAAGGAUUCGUGGCAGCGGGUGGGCGUGUUUGUGUGUGAGUAUGCGGGGGUGGUGGCGGAGUGGCCGGGGCCGGGGCCGGGUGGUGUUGGAGCGGGGUGGGGAGGGUUGAAUGGUGGUGGUGGUGGUGCUGUGGGGAAUGCGGCGCCGGAGGUUGGGAAGGGGAGUGCGGAAGAGCUGUAUCAGAACUUUCUGGCUUUGCCGGACAAGUCGAUGAGGUUGGUGUGA